CACACACACACGUCAGACUGUUUCAGAUUCAAAUCCAGGUUCCAAUACUUCCUGGCCAUGUGACCUUGAGCAAGUGAUUGUAUUUCCUCAGCUAUAAAAUGGGAAUGAUCAUCAUAUUACCUGUCUCAUAAUGUUUUGGUGAGUUAAUUUCAUGAGUUAAUUCGUAGAGAGCACUUAGAAAGAUGCCUAGUACCUAGGAAGUGCUCCAUAAAAGGUGACUAUUCUCAGUCACUUCUUUUUUUUCAUAGCUGCCUAGUAUAUAUCACUUUAAGAACAGAGCUGUACAGUUUAGUCAAUUACUACAAAUGAACAAUUAGGUUCAUCUGAGACAGGCUGGGACCUGGGACCCUUUGCUGCAGUGCUGCCAUGCUUGCACCUGGACACACGUCUCCUCCAGCAACAGAAUACAAGGAAACUAUAUGGGACUAAAAAUAACUGCAUGCAUGCGCAGUUAGAGCAAAUGCUGGACAAAAGAUACCAAAAAAAUCCAACUGCCACUUUUGAAGAGCCUAGAACAAAAGCAGGGGGUCUGGAGCAAAAACAGGGUACUGCGCAUGCCCCCUGCACACAACAUCACCUAAGCGGUGGGCAAACCACCUAAGCCACCGCUCCAGCCGGACCCCUGGACACACCCCUACCCUCACCCCAUAUGAGGAUCUCCCCCCACACACACACACCCGGCCCCAGGGAGCGAGCCAGCAAGAGAACGUGUUGUUUGUUCACACUCCCCCCUGCUGCCGCAGGGGCCCCAAUAAAGCCUUGCCUGAAUUUCUUGUCUGGCCUCUGAUCAAUUUCUAUUGAUUAAGGAGGUCAAGAACCCUGGUCGGUAACGCAUUCAUUCACUCAAAAAUAUUUCUUGGGCACCUACUGUGUGCCAAGCCCCACACUGCGGUUGGUGCAGAAAGACCCUGGUACCAAGGUCUCCACCCACACAUCUCGGUAUGUAGGUAGGAACUGCUGGUACCACAAGUCACGCGAUUUUAAAACGGUAAUAUACAGUGCCAAUGGCUUUCAAAGGGACUGUCCCAUUAGCACGCCCACCUUCAGGGCUUGGCUGGAACCCGCACGUUUAGGAUGGCAGGUUUGGGAACUGCUGCCUUUCCUGGGGUAAGGUGCUGACGUGGGCUUGGGCUUUGGCGCGGGCGUUCAGCUUGGAAGAUAGGGCCCCUGAGAGGCCCGGGGCGCGGCCACACCCCUGUGGGGGAGGGGAGAGAGGGCGUCCCGAAGGGAGUGGACAGCCCCCUUGUCAGUCUUCCCGAGUCCCGGAGUGUAAGAUGAGAAGGGGGUAGGUGGGCCUCAUCCUGGGGGAAGGCGAGGAGGAGCUUCCUGCGCGCGCGCGCUCCUAGGCAUUGAGCGCUCGGGCUGGGAGGUGGGAGGUGCGUCAAGGUCAGCCUGGACCGGGGUGGCAGCCUGCCUAGGGGCGGGAGACCCUCCUGGGGAACUGGGCUGCGGCCUCCAAGCGCCUCGGCCAUAUUGAAUAGCCACGGCUGAGCCUUCUUUGUCUGCGAAGUUCUCUCCCAAGUUCCAGGCACGUCCCUGGAACAGGAAGAGCCUCCGGGCAGCCCCUGUAUCGCAGCUGCAGCCGGGACACCCGUUUGCAGCUUGCGGUGGGCUUGGAGCCUCAGGACUGACCUCAUCCCGGCUCACGUAAGCGUCCUGGAAAUUGAUCCCCACCAGUCCUUGAGGGGAGCGGGACUUGAUCAAGACCAGACUUGCAGGCGGAGAAAUUGGGAGGUGAGACUCUCCCGGCGGCGCCACCGAGACCCCACCCUCACCCCCAAGACCCGGGGCUACGAGUAGUUUGGGCUCAUUGCCCCCACCCCAGAUUUCACCCUGGAGAUUUUAAAGACCCUCGAGAAAAGCCAUGUGGGGGGCUGGUUCCCCUGGGGCUUCCUCCCAUCCCCCGACUGCCUGAUCCUCUGGAGCGUCCCCGACGUCUGCAAAGAUGUGGAUUUGGACGUCCUCGUGGAAGCCUUGAAGCCUGUGGGGACCUUUAAGAAGAUCGGCAAGGUGUUUCGCCGGGAGGAGGACUCCACAGUGGGGAUGCUGCAGAUAGGGGAGGACGUGGACUAUUUGCUCAUCCCCCGCGAAGUCAGGCUGGCGGGAGGCGUCUGGAGGGUCAUCUCCAAGCCCGCCACCAAGGAGGCGGAAUUUCGGGAGCGGCUGAUCCAGUUUCUGGAGGAAGAAGGCCGCACCCUGGAGGAUGUGGCCCGCAUCAUUGAGAAGAGCACUCCGCAUCCACCCCAACCCCCCAAAAAACCCAAGGGGCCCCGGAUGAGAGUCCAGCAGAUGGUGACCCCACCUCCCCGGCUGGUCGUGGGCACUUAUGACAGCAGCAACGCCAGUGACAGCGAGUUCAGCGACUUCGAGACCUCCAGAGACAAGGGUGACAAGGGCCACAGAGGCACGGGGCGUGGCAGGAAGGUGCGCAAAAUGCCUGUCAGUUAUCUGGGCAGCAAAUUCCUUGGGAGCGACCUGGAGAGCGAGGAUGACGAGGAACUGGUGGAGGCCUUCCUCCGGCAAGGGGAGAAGAAGCCCAGCGCGCCACCAGCCCGCCGCCGGGUGAACCUGCCAGUGCCCAUGUUUGAGGACAACCCGGUGCCCCAGCUGUCCAAAGCGGACAGGUGGCGGGAGUACGUCACCCAGGUGUCCUGGGGGAAGCUGAAGCGGAGGGUGAAGGGCUGGGCACCGAGGUCCAGCCCAGGGGUGGGCGAAGCCUGGCAGGCCUCUACCAGGUUGGAGAGGGAUGGCGUAUCAGUGCCACGCAGCGCCAGCCUGGGGGAUAAUGUGGGAAAUGCAGGAGACGGGCAGGUGCCUGAGAGCCCCCCAAGACGGUGGAGGCCUAAGAUCAACUGGGCCUCAUUCUGGCGUCGCAGGAGAGAGGAGGCAGCAGCCAGGGCUCAGGGGGCAGAGGCUGUAGAUGAGCAGAGAGUGGAGGCCGUAGAUAAUCAGAGGGUGGAGGCCGUAGGUGAUCAAAGAGCAGGGGCCAUGGCUGUCCAGGGGGCAGAGGCCAUGGCUGUCCAGGGGGCAGAGGCUGUGGGUAAUCAGAGGGCAGAGGAUGUAGAUAAUCAGAGGGCAGAAGCCCCAGCUGUCCAGAGGGUAGAGGAUGCAGAUAAUCAGAGGGCAGAGGCACCAGAUGUCCAGGGAGCAGAGGCUGUAUCUGAUGAGGCAGAGGCCAUAUCUGACCAGAGGGCAGAGACCCCAGCUGUCCAGGGAGUUGAAUCCUCGGCCGCUGGGAGGGCCCUAGGGGUCAGCCCAGGAUCUAGGACCCGGAAACAGGUCAAGACAGUGAGGUUCCAGACCCCUGGACGCUUUUCCUGGUUUCGAAAGCGCCGGAGAGCCUUCUGGUACACUCCCCGGUUGCCCACCCUGCCCAAGAGAGUCCCCAGGGCAGGCGGGGCUAGGAGCCUCAGGGUCCUGAGGGCUGAGGCCAGAGCAGAGGCAGAGCACGGAGAGCAGGAAAACCAGCUGUGAGGAGAGGGCAGGGGGGCCACGGAGGACCUCGCCACCUGCCACAGUAUGGGCCGCUCAGGGUGUGUCCCUAACUCCGACCCUUGGACAGAGGUGCUAUCUCCGUACUUGAAAAUGGAGGUACAGCAAGGGCUUGGCAGUGCCCCGCGCAUCUCCAUCUAACACCCCUCUUUGUUUUCUUGUUAAAAUUGUGGCUCUCAUGCAUUGAUUUAAUUUUGUUUUCUCGUGGCUUGUGGGAUCUUAAUUCCUGGAUCAGGGAUUGAACCUGGGCCCGGCAGUAAAAGUGCCAAAUCCUAACCACUGGACCACCAGGGAAUUCCCCAUGCAUUGAUUUUUUUUUUUUUUAAAUAUAGACUCUUUAUAGUAACCCAAGGAAUGUAAAUAAAGAAACCCAUACAAGGGAGUCGCAUCACCCAUGAUUUUAACUUCUUCAUAUGCAAUUCUGGGUGCUCAGCUUGAAAAAGGGAGAGAGGUGAGGGAGAAAUUCCUUCCUCUUCUCCUUUUUCUUCGCCCUUUCGCCUGCACACUUAAACUCACUGCCUCCUGGAACUUAAAAAGAGGGCGCAGGUCA